UGUGUGUGUUAAGUUCUGAGUCAGAGGUUGACUUCAGGGUAAAGCCUUCCUUUCCUCAGCAAGAGCAAAGGCCCUUUCGUCAACACAGAUGAGCUUGGGACUACAGGUUCUCCCCUGCCUGAGCCUAAUCCUUGUUUGGAACCAAGUACCAGGACUUCAGGGUCAAGAGUUCCGAUUUGGGCCUUGCCAAGUGACCAGGGUCUUUCUCCCAAAGCUGUGGGAGGACUUCAAGACUGUGAAGAACACUGUGCAAACUCAGGAUGACAUCACAAGUGUCCGGCUGUUGGGGCCACAAGUUCUGCAGGAUGUCUCGGAUGCUGAGAGCUGUUACCUUGCCCACCACCUGCUGAAGUUCUACUUGAACACUGUUUUCAAAAACUACCACAGCAAAAUAGCCAAGUUAGAGGUCUUGCGGUCAUUCUCCACUCUGGCCAACAACUUUAUGGUCAUCGUGUCAAACCUGCAGCUUAGUGAGGACAGUGCCAUGCUUCCCAUUAGAGAGAGUGCACACCAGCGGUUUUUGCUGUUCCACAGAGCAUUCGAACAGUUGGAUACAGAAGUGGCUUUGGUGAAAGCCCUUGGGGAAGUGGAUAUUCUCCUGACCUGGAUGCAGAAAUUCUACCAGCUCUGACUGCUAAUCUAGAUAACUUCCUCUGCUCUCCAUGCAUUCAAGGCAUUGUUUCUAUCCCUGCUGUCCUCAGACCCUUGACCAUGGCACUUCAGACCCUUGACCAUGGACCCGUUGUUGGCUCAGGCCUCUCCUCAGACCUCACUCUUCACUCCAAGCAACAGCCAUGGAUGGUACCUUUGGAUGCUCCAACUGACCCACAAUGUAGAUUUGCAUAUUUAUUACAGCCCUAUUUAAUUAUUGUUACUGUUUCAGUGGAAACUGUAUUUAUUUGUGAGACUGGAUAUUCCAUGAAAGCAUCAGAAUUCAGUGUCCCAUGCUUGUACCUUACUUCCUGUGAUCUGGUUCAGCAUGGGAGCGGUGGAUGGUUGCUCAGUAAAUAUUUAAAAUGGA